AUGGCAAUUUUAAAAAUUUCUGAACUUCGUCGAAUAAUAGCUAGACAACCACUUAGUUCUCCAGUACAUUUACCUUUACAGGGAAAGGGAUCUGAACAAAAAGAAGGAAAGAAUAUUAAAAGUGUUGAUCAAAAACGUGGACUUCUUUUAUUUCAGUGUUCAUUUCAUCAGCGUUCAUUACCUUUAUUACAAUUAAAUAAUCCAAUAACAAUACCAAAAGAACAAUUUAAUAACAAUACCAAUAAUAUAAUAAAUCAACAACAACAAUUUAAUAAUAUACCUGAAUACAAAAAAAGUCCGACAAGAAGUCCAAGUAAAAAAAGUUCAAUUCCAUCAUUGGGAAGUUUAAAAAGGAGAACCCCCAAACCUGUCCAACAACAUUAUAUUUAUAAUGUUACUGAGGAUAGAUUAAAUAAUAAUUUAAAUAAUGGUGAUAAUAUAGAAAAGGCAAAACAAUUACAACAACAAUUAGAAAAUGAAAAACAAAUUCAUUACAAUAUGAGAGCAACAACAGCAACAAGUGAUGAGGAAAGUUUAAUGCCAAAACAAUCAUUUGAUACAGCGAAUGCUUGGAGUAGUCCAGAGAGACAAUUAAUUGAAGAAGAACAAAAACAGCAACCACAAAAUAUUUAUAAUUUACAAAUUAGAAAAACUAUAAGUGACAGCAAUGCUUUAUUAUUCAAAUAUGAACAGAAUGGAACAAAUAAUAGAAAACAGAGUGCUCCUGGAACACCUCAAACAACCCAAAGGGAAGAAGAAAAAGAAGAAAUAUUAAAACAGCAAGCCGUUGAAAUACCAAAUGGAGGUAAUUUUUGA